UUUAACAGAUAUUUCAAUUUGAAAGCAGUUGAAAUUAGAAAUUUAUUAAUUUCAGGCCUUGAAAAAAGGUGAAGGAAUGUAAAUAAAUGUAGACUGAAAACGAAAGUAGGACUGACCUUGUACAGCUGUAUCAAAAUGGCGUCUGGAGGAAGUAUAAAUACGGAUAUUUUGUCUGAUGAAACGUUUGAUCUGUUAUGUACUAUGUGUAAACGUAAAGGCAAAAAUAGCGAAGCUCGGAAAUAUUGCGUAGAAUGUCAAGACUAUUAUUGUUUAAUCUGUGUCAAUGUUCAUGAGGAUGUUCCGUCGCUAAGUGGACAUAAGAUUCUUGACAAAAGACAGUUCCCAUCAGGGUCAGUCAAGACACGGCCGGGUUCCAGCAAGCAUCUACCAGUUGCACCAACGGAGAGAUGUGACAGACACGCUCACCACUAUAUAGACAUGUACUGCCAAAACCAUAACGAUGUUGCCUGUGGCACGUGUAUGGCUAUAGAUCACAGGUUAUGCAAAGAUAUCUUCUACAUACCAGAAUUUCUCCAGAACAACACCUGCACCAACACUACCAGGGAAAUUCAGCAAAAGCUAGACUCAGUUACAAAGGUUUUGAAAGAGCAACAAGAAAAGUUCAAACGAGAAAAAGAACGGCUCUUGAAAAGCAAAACUGUCACACUGGAAAACAUCAAGAAGUUCAGAAAAGAAAUCAAUGACAGACUUGACGAACUAGAAAAGAACACUAUUUCUUACAUUGAAGAUAAGUACAAAACCUUCUUAAAUGAAAUGGAGGAGAGUAUCAGAAUAUUAGAGACAAGCAAAGCCAGCUUAAAAUCCGCUCGAGAAAAGCUAACACUGGCAAGUGACAACAAAUUGCAAAACUUUGUGAAUGUCAAGAAAGGAGAAAACAUCGCUGAAAAUGCUGCUAUAUCAGUAGAAGCAAGCCAAUUACAAACACCGUUCAAAGACAUUGAUUUCACUGGAGAUCAUAGACUAGCUUCUUUGUUGCAUGAAAUAAAUGUUUUCGGCAAGAUUGAACAGAGAAUAGCCAUGAAAACAGAAAACAUUGGUACUGUGAAUAUUCAUAAGAACGAUUCUUUACUUCAAGUAAAAGGUUGCACAAAAUGUAGUGUUAAAGUUCAGUCAGAUAAAGAAUAUUGUAAUAUUGUCAGCGCCUGUACUCUGGAGGAUAGAACAAUUAUACUGUCUGAUUGCAACAACAACAAGCUGAAACGUUUAGACAGUUCCACAUAUACUGUCAUAGACUACUGUAAUCUACAGGGGAGACCAUGGCAAGUUUGUUCUAUUGAUAAACAGCAAGCUGCUGUAUGUUUGCAUGACAAGAAAGAAGUUCAAUUCAUUUCACUGUCAAGCAAAAUGACAUUAACAAACAAAAUAAAAACUGACUUUGAAUGUCGAGGUCUAUCAUAUGCUGAUGGCAAUCUGUACAUUUCAGACUAUACAUCAGUUUAUAUAUACAGUGUAUCAGGAAGAAAGCUGAAGCAGUUCAGUAAAGAUCAAUCAGGACAGAAACUGUUCUCUAACAUCCUCAGUCUAGCUGUCAGUGAGGAUGGUUCCAAGAUUUGUGUUGCUGACUAUGACAAUGGACUGAUUAUUCUGGAUAAUAACGGUAGAGUUGUUGGAAGAUUUAAUGACUCGCAGUUAAAAUCUGCCUAUGGUUGUUGUCUUACAGGUAGAGGGAGUCUUCUUGUGUGUGGGAAUAACUCCGACAAUGUGCUACAGUUUGGACCGAAUGGUAAUCUGAUAGGUGAGGUUGUGAAAUUUGAUGAUACAUCAGCCUGGCAUCAGGCAAUAUGUUGCAAUCAGCAAAUGUCAAAGAUGAUUAUAGGCAGAAACAGGGAUGAAAUUGAAGUAUAUGAUUUGAUAUAAAGUAUACAGUAACUUUGUAUACCUCAUACUGCUGAACUGAAUGACUUUACCAAUGAUGAUUACAAGUGUUGAUUUUACCAUUAUUCUACUAAAAAAUAAUGGACAAAUUGUACUAAUUUUUUUGUUGUUAUUUAUAUUUUACCAGAGAAAUUCCUUUUACAUGUUCACAUAAUAUAGUAUAAUGAAACUUUCAGUAAAUCAAUAGCAUGAUAUGUUGAAUUUCAAACAGAUGACUGAACAUAAUACAUAGUGACAAAGUCAGUGAAUAACAACAACAACAGUCGUGAAUAUUCUACUGCCAGCAAAGAUAUCAUCUUCCUACUUAUAGAGAGAACAAGAUAACUGAAGGGAGAUAAAAGCUGUUAUUAAUAAAACAUACUUUCUAAGUUGUUUCCCUUUGUAUGGCUGUGUUAAAAGCACGAAGAGAAAACAGAUAUAAAGCUAGGAAAUUGAUAUAAAACAAAAUUUGUUAUUUUUAUUCCUUAAAAUUUUAAAUUAUCUUUAUGAUAAUAUUUCUUAUUCUUAAUAACAAUUGAAUCAUGCCUUUUCUAAUUUACCUAAUCCAUUCUAAAACUAUGUAUUUUGCCAGUGGUUAUGUAAUAAAGUACAUUGAUUAUCAUUAUCUUCAGUUUGUUUAAGACAAUAGAAGUAUAUACCGAGUUAAAGAGAGAAAAAAAGACAACAAAAGGUAACAGAAUCUGACAAGGUUGUCAGUUGAUACUGUAAUAUCUUGAACACAAUACAAUAGGAGUACUCCAGGAAAAAACAACAACAACAACAACAACAAAAAAGAAAGAAAAAGAAAAUAGAAAGGCAAGGGGGUUUAGCGCGUGAGACUUCUAUCUGUGUGACCGGGUGUUUAUUUGGAGCGAGUGGGCAACCUAUUUAGAAGCGCUGUAACUUUCAGUCUUUUGAUAUAAUAGCAUAAAAGGUAGAAAGAAAGAGCAUUUAUAUAAAUCUUGUAUAAUAGUAAUUUCUUUUCAAAGAAUUUCUAAUCUAUCAAAGGGAGGAACUCUCUCCAUUGACUUUUGAAAUUUUGUAACAAAAGUUUUAACUGCAUUGUAUUUAUUUACUUUGAAUAAGUAUUUAAUACACAUUUUCAGUCCUUCUAGGUUUGGCAAAGCAUUUUACAUGAAUAAAUAUAUGAUUUACAUGAGAUAAGGACAAGGUUAAGUACAUCUGGAAACAGUCUGUUACCAAAUAAAAUAUCAGUAUUUGUCCAGUUUGCACCUAAUGUAAUUGAUGAACACUUACUUUGAAAAUAAUUUCUAACAUUUAACUAGAAUGUUGUUAUAAAUGGACAUUCGUAAAACAGAUGUAAAAUAGUUUCUGAAGCUCUAUGACAAAAGGAGCAUUGGUUAUCAUGUACAAUAUCAAAAUAAAGAAAUCAUAAAUACUGCAUUUAUACAAUGUACAUAACUGAGCACAAUUUAUAAAUUUAUGCAAUAUGUAUUUUAUACUUUUUUCAUACCAGGAGAUUGUAAUAUUAGGUUAUUUAAACGUACCCAGCUUAGCGGCUCGUCCAAUGUGGUUUUCUCAGCUGGGUACUCGUCCAAAUAUAUCUCGUAUUGUACAGUACAAUGUUAAAUAACCUUUUUAUUCUAUAUCUUUUUUAUCUUACUAUAAUAAUAGUUUAAAUUAAAAAUGUUUCACUGAA